AUGCCGUUGAUUAUUCCUUCUAAUGAUAUUUAUAUAUCUAUAAUAAGUAAAUAUGUUUCAGUAGUGAUAUUCCUUUUAUUUGUCAUUGUUAUGUUCAAUACUAUAAGUCAUCAAUUGACAGAACCUUAUAUUGAUGAAAUAUUUCAUUUACGUCAAUGUCAAACUUAUUGUCAAUAUAAUUUCCAUCAUUGGGAUAAUAAAAUCACUACACCACCAGGAUUAUAUAUAUUAGGAUUUAUUUAUUCUGAAGGUAUUAAAAUUUUAACUCAAGGUCAUUUAACUUGUUUUGAUGAUAAUGUUUUACGGUCAAUUAAUUUAAUUGGUGGAGUGAUUAUAUUACCAAGAAUAUUAAAACAAUUUCAAUUCCAUAAAGGUUCAAAGAAUCAAUUUUGGAGUAUUAAUAUAAUUUCACAACCAUUAUUGUUUACUUAUUAUUUUUUGUUUUAUACUGAUGUUUGGUCGACAAUUCUAAUUGUUUUAUCAUUAGGUUUAAUUAAUUUUAAAUUUUUACAAUACCCCAUGGUAAGUGCAUUAAUAGGAUUUAUUAGUCUAUGGUUCAGACAAACUAAUAUUAUUUGGAUAGCAUUCAUUGCUAGUGUAUUUAUAGAUCGACAAAUUAAACGUACAACAACUGGGUUUGAUAGAAUUUAUCAAUUUUUAAUGAGAUCAUUAACAAAUUGGAAUAAAUUAUUGGGUUAUAUUAUUAAUUUCAUUUUAUUUGCCUUAUUUUUAAAAUUAAAUGGUGGAAUUACUUUAGGUGAUAAUGAUAAUCAUCAAAUUGAAUUACAUAUCGUUCAAGUAUUUUAUUGUUUUACAUUUAUAACUUUUUUCACUAUACCAUGUUGGUUAAAUAAAUCUACCAUUAAGAAAUAUUAUGAUUUCAUUAAUGAUCAUCUAAUUUUAAAUUCAUUGUUGGGAGUAAUUAUUUGGUAUAUCAUGAAAAAUUUCACUAUUGUUCAUCCAUUUUUACUUGCAGAUAAUCGUCAUUAUGCAUUUUAUAUUUAUAAAAGAUUAUUAAGUCAUUCAUAUCUUAGACCAUUGAUAUUGAUAGGAUAUCAUUUUUCCAGUUUCCAAAUUAUAUCAUCUUUAAGUAAAGGUGGUCAAUUAUCUUUUAUUGGUAUUAUUAGUUAUUUAAUAGCCAUUUGUUUGACAUUGAUUCCAUCACCAUUAUUUGAACCUCGUUAUUAUAUUACCCCUUUGAUUAUAUUCAAUUUAUACAUAGAUCAUCCUCAUAAUUUAUUAGAAUUUAUUUGGUUAAACAGUAUUAAUUUAAUCACAUCAUAUAUAUUCUUAAACAAAGGAAUCAUUUGGUAG